GGAUAAAACAUUGACUUUCUUCCUGUGGGACAAAGGCGAAGUUGGUGCGCAAAGAUUUUAUAACACGGACGUCUGUAGUGCAACCAUAGCAAUGCUUUUCAACAAGUCUCUGAGAGUGGGUGUGCAGUCUGUCCUGCGGCUCCAGAGCACCAGUGCUGCAGCCGUGGCCGCCACCAGCUCUCAGAAUGCUCCAUCAACUGGGUUCUGCUUUGAGAUGACAGACCAGCAGAAAGAGUUCCAGGAGCUAGCCAGGAAGUUUUCCCGGGAGGAGAUUGUCCCUGCUGCAGCAGCCUACGACAGGAGUGGAGAAUAUCCUUUCCCCAUCAUCAAGAGGGCAUGGGAGCUGGGCCUGAUGAACUCUCACAUCCCAGAGGACUGUGGUGGAAUGGGUCUGGGCAUAUUCGACUCCUGUCUCAUCACAGAAGAGCUGGCCUAUGGUUGCACAGGAGUUCAGACCGCCAUCGAGGCCAACUCUCUUGGACAAAUGCCUGUGAUCAUAGCAGGUAACGACGUCCAGAAGAAGAAGUACCUGGGAAGAAUGACAGAGGAACCUCUCAUGUGUGCGUACGGUGUGACGGAGCCCGGGGCAGGCUCUGACGUGGCGGCCCUCAAGACACGGGCGGUGAAGAAAGGAGACGAGUACGUUGUUAACGGUCAGAAGAUGUGGAUCACCAACGGAGGCAAAGCCAACUGGUAUUUCCUGCUGGCCCGUACUGAUGUUGACCCGAAGUGUCCAACCAGCAAGGCUUUCACAGGCUUCAUCGUCGACGCGGACACACCUGGAAUACUAGUGGGCAGGAAGGAGUUGAACAUGGGCCAGCGGUGCUCUGACACCAGAGGAAUCACCUUUGAGGACGUCAGGAUACCCAAGGAGAACGUUCUGAUUGGAGAAGGAGCCGGCUUCAAGAUCGCCAUGGGAGCUUUCGACAAGACCAGACCACCAGUGGCUGCAGGGGCUACAGGUCUGGCUCAGAGAGCUCUGGAUGAAGCCACUGGCUACGCUCUGGAGAGGAGGACCUUUGGAAAACUCAUCGCUGAGCACCAGGCGGUGUCGUUCCUGUUGGCUGAGAUGGCCAUGAAGGUGGAGCUGGCCAGGAUGGGCUGGCAGAGGUCAGCGUGGGAGGUUGACAACGGGAGGAGGAACACGUACUACGCCUCCAUCGCUAAGGCCUUCGCCGGGGACAUCGCCAACCAGGUGGCCAGCGACGCCGUGCAGGUGUUUGGAGGAAACGGCUUCAACUCUGAAUACCCCGUAGAGAAACUGAUGAGGGAUGCCAAGAUCUACCAGAUCUAUGAAGGCACCGCCCAGAUCCAGAGACUGAUCAUCUCCCGUGAGCACUUCAGCAGGUUCAAGAAAUGAGUCAACACCUGUCGAGUCACCAGUCCCUUCCUCGCUGAACGAACACCUGUCGUCUUCCUUCCCUGUUCUGUUCUAACCACUUUUAUAUAUUAAUGUGAAUAGAAAUGAUCAAUUCAAUACAACUCAGGAUGCAGUCACACCUGGGUAAAAUACAGGAUGUCAAGUACUGGAGGUGUGUUUGAUUGAACUUGAGCGACAUGCAGGGUGGUGCAUAGCCGCGGGUAUUAGGCCUGCUGCAGCACCCCCUGAAAAUCAAAAGAAAAAUCUUAGCCCCACCCCCAAAACAUCUUUCAGCAACUAUGUUGAGCACUUAUGGGCACUGAACUGCAUAGGGAAUAGGGUGCCCUUUCAGACCCACACUUUGAAGUGUAGAAUGCUGUACAGAAUGUUGGUGGCAUCAUCACAACACACCACGUGCCUUGUUGCCCUGUUAGUUUCAGAGUUCAACUGUAGCUGGAGUGUUCAAUGUCUUUGUGUGGGAGUGUUACAUUUCUUUGUGUGAAGCAGUUUGUAACUUUAUGAAAAUAUAACCGAUCAAAUGAGAGUUGACGACAAAGGAAACAUGACCCGUGUAAACUUUUUUUUUCUGACUGAUAAACCUCAAGACAGUCCACCUCGGCUUUUAGCAGCGCUUUGUUGAAAUGUAAUAAACGAUGUAUAUCGAA